AGAGGAGAGUCAGUGCAGUUUCCUUCCGCCAAUCCCCGCAGGCCACAGCUAGCUCGCCCGCCCGGCCCCUGUCUGUCACCGACCAAGCAGCCAGCCAAUCAGGAGCGCGACAUCAUCCCGCCUUGGCUCUCGUUCGCUGAGGCGGGCAUCGUUCGGUAUUUUGAGACGCCGCGCCACCGAUCUCCGGCUGCGAGAGGUGGUUGAAAGGAGGUGGCGGGAAACCACUGUUUGAUCGAAAUUGCCUCCCUCACGGUCGCUUCGGAUGAUAGCAGAUUUCAGAAGACUGAACCACAGGCCAGAGUCCUCAAUAAAUGAGAGAUUUUUCCCAAUCAAAAUUAACAGCAAAAUAAGUCAAGAUGUCUGUCGAUCCAAUGACCUAUGAGGCCCAGUUCUUUGGCUUCACACCACAAACUUGCAUGCUCAGGAUCUACAUUGCAUUUCAAGACUACCUAUUUGAAGUGAUGCAGGCUGUUGAACAGGUUAUUCUGAAGAAGCUGGAGGGCAUCCCAAACUGUGAGAUUAGCCCAGUCCAGGUUCGUAAGUGCACAGAGAAGUUUCUUUGCUUCAUGAAAGGACGUUUUGAUAAGCUUUUUGUCAAAAUGGAGCAGCUGUUUUUACAGUGGAUUUUGCGUAUUCCCCCAAACAUCUUGCUUCCGGAAGAUAAAUCUCAGGAGAUGCAUUCUUAUAGUGAUGAAGAAUUCCAGCUUCUCCAAAAAGAAAUUGAACAGUUACAGGAGAAGUACAAGACUGAAUUAUGUACUAAGCAGGCCCUUCUUGCAGAGUUAGAAGAGCAAAAAACUGUUCAGGCCAAACUUAAACAGACAUUGGCUUUGUUUGAUGAGCUUGAAAAUGUUGGCAGAAAUCAUGGGACUAGUGAUUUCAGGGACAGCUUGGUGUUCCUGGCCCAGAACUCCAGAAAACUCCAGGAUAUUAGAGACAAUGUGGAAAAGGAAAGCAAAAGACUGAAAAUAUCUUAAUUUCUAAAUAGUAAAAGGAGCCACUCAAAAGUAGGUCUGUAUAUUUUGUUGGAUUUUCUUUAAACAUUUUUCUUUUCUUUGGUCCACUCCCCUGAAGUAUCUGUGUACUACUUGAAACUGAUCUUUGAAGCAUUUAUUCCUUAUAGGCCUCUAAUAGGUGGGAAGGGAUUCUUAAUCCAUUAAAGACUCAUUUGGGGCUUGAUGAAGAAAUAAAGCUUUCCAUGGCCAGUCAAAAGAUAUUUGUAAAAGGUGUACUUUGGUCAUGAGUCCUUUGUAACCUUGAUCCUUUUUAC